AUAUUCAGAUGUAAUGAAGAAGAUUGCGACAAAAAAUACAAUACAAAAUAUCAACUUAUUCUACACGAACGCUUACAUUCGGGAGAAAAACCAUUUUUUUGCACAAAAAUGUAAUCUCAAAGAACAUACAAAUAGACAUUUGAAUAUAAAAAUCCAUAAAUGUAUUCAUAAUAACUGUAAUCAACGGUUUAUUACAUCGGGUGAUUUGAAGUCACACGUUCGCCGUAAACAUAUAUGCAUU